AUGGAGACGGUGCUGCUGGAGCACUUCCCCGGGGGGCUGGACUCCUUCUCCUCGCCCCCCUACUUCGACGAGGAGGACUUCUUCCCCGAGCCGCCCCCGCGGGACGCGCUGGCCGCCGACGGGCUGCUGGAGCCGGACGUGGACUUCCUCAGCCGGCAGCUGCAGGAGUACUACCGCGACGGCGGCGACCUCGAGGGCGGCUACCGCUGCCCGCCGCCGGCCGCCACCUUCCCGCCGUCGCCCGCCUCGCCCGGCUUCUCCUACGAGUGCUGCGGGGCGGCGGGUGCGGCGCUGCUGUCCCCCGGGGGGCGGCUCCAGGCGCUGGGCUCAGCCAAGCGGCGGCGGCGGGUGCGCUCCGAGGCGGAGCUGCAGCAGCUCCGGCAGGCUGCCAACGUGCGGGAGCGGAGGCGGAUGCAGUCCAUCAACGACGCCUUCGAGGGGCUGCGCUCACACAUCCCCACCCUCCCCUACGAGAAGCGGCUCUCCAAGGUGGACACGCUCCGCCUGGCCAUCGGCUACAUCAACUUCCUCAGCGAGCUGGUGCAGUCCGACCUGCCGCUGCGCAGCGCCAGCAGCGAGAGCCCCAGCCAGCCCAAGAAAAUCAUCAUCUGCCACCGCGGCACAAGAUCUCCCUCCCCUAGCGACCCCGACUACGGACUCCCCCCUCUGGCCGGUCACUCGCUGUCGUGGACUGAUGAAAAGCAACUCAAGGAACAAAACAUCAUCCGGACAGCCAAAGUGUGGACCCCUGAGGACCCGCGGAAGGUGAACAGCAAACCCUCCCUCAACGACAUCGAGAACGAGCCCCCCUUCGACUUCGUGGCGUGA